AUGAUUUUCUUUUCCCUCCUUUUUUCCUUUUCUUCUGCUUUAUGGCCCCCAGAGAGUUGGCAAGAACCACGUGUAAUCAGAAUAACUAGCUGGUACUUCAACAACUCAGUAGAAUGGUCAGAGGACUAUCGAAACUGGUCUCUUCCCCAAACGCUUGAGCUUGAAGAAGAGUUGACAGCUCAAAUAGAGUGGAAAAUUGGCGGACCAGGGAUCGACAUUGACAUUCUUUGGUUCGACGAAGGGUUGACAGAGAAUUCGAUGGUUGGAACAGCUGCUUAUUUCUCGCGAUUCGAGCUAACCGAAGAAAAUUUUCAUAAAUAUGAGGAAGAUUUGAUGGCUCAAAUGGAAGAAAAUCCCGAAAGCUUCCCAGAGCACGAAGACUCCAAUGAAAUCGAAACAGAAAUCGCAACUUUACUGAAUCCAAUGUGGUUUGAAGGCGAAAUCUACUUUAUUGGAAAUAUAAGUUGCGAUAUCAUUGAUCUUCAAAUUGAUGUGAACAAGAUUUUAUGUCAAUAUCUCUGGUCCGAGAAAAAUGAAGGUUGUUCAACAUCAAAUUUCGAACGAAGCGAUGAUUACCCAGAAAACCAUUUUUUCUUUCAAGGCGAAGUCAAAGAUCUUUUUCAUCGCAAGCAAUCGAGAAUCGCGGUUCCUAAUUUUGAUGAAUCAUUUGUUGGUGGAGUUUACCCGUUCGACCUCGCUUCUUACUUUUGGAACCGACAAGAGUUCAUGAAUUUAACAUUUAAUUGCAUUACGACUGAGAAUUACCCGGUUCUUUACAAACUUGAAGCCGAUUAUGAUACAGUCACGAUGUACGAGUAUAUAUAUUUCUUGAUUGGAGCCGGAGUUUUUCUGAUUGCCAUUUCUUGGGCUUCUUUUGGCUGCUGCUUCUCGCAAAGAUGCGUUCGAAUUUCCUCCUUGAUUCCAAUUCUCCUCAUAGCCGCUUUGGCGACUCUGUCAUUCCUUCUCUGGUUCAACUUCGACAACGAAUUCCAAACCUUCUACAUGUUUCCGACUAGCAUCACACUCGCCGUCUUAUUGCUUAUUUAUGCGCCUUGUGCUUGCUGCUGUCUCAGUGGAAAACGAAGAAAAAUCGUCAUAAAAACGGCAAAAUCGGAAAAAGAAAAAGUCGGCCUGUCAAAACUCUAA